GACGCGCGGGCGUUGAGCGGGCGCGCCCAGGGAGCUCCAGCGGUUCUUCGCCGCCGCCGCCGCCGCCCGCCAUGGCAUCCCGGUGCCCCAAGUGCGACAAGACCGUCUACUUCGCGGAGAAAGUGACUUCCUUGGGGAAAGACUGGCACAAGUUCUGUUUGAAAUGUGAGCGCUGCAACAAGACAUUGACCGCUGGCGGACAUGCUGAGCAUGAUGGGAAGCCCUACUGCCACAAGCCCUGCUAUGCAACAUUGUUUGGACCGAAAGGUGUGAAUAUUGGAGGGGCAGGAUCAUACAUCUAUGACAAGCCUCAGGCCGAAGGACAGUUGGUGCCAGGCCCAGUUGAGUACGGAUCCAGGGCAGAAGGAAAGAAAGUUAGUGCUGCACAUGAGGGACCCAGCAAAGCCUCCAGCAUUACCACUUUCACUGGAGAGCCUAACAUCUGCCCCCGCUGCUCUAAGAAGGUCUAUUUUGCUGAGAAGGUGACUUCCUUGGGCAAAGACUGGCACCGCCCCUGCCUACGGUGUGAGCGCUGUGGGAAGACUCUAACACCUGGAGGCCAUGCUGAGCAUGAUGGACAGCCUUAUUGCCACAAACCUUGCUAUGGGAUUCUCUUUGGACCAAAAGGAGUGAACACAGGUGCGGUUGGCAGCUAUAUCUACGAUAAAGACCCUGAAGCAAAAGACCAGCCCUAAGAGUGCCAUCUGUCUGUCCAUCUGUCCAUCCACCCCAUGUGCUCAGUCCACUUGCACUAUAUUCUCUUGCCUAACCUCUUGCUGUGUUUAGAUGUAGUUAGGUCACCUGUGGUGCUUGUUCUGUAGUGGACCUUCUGUUGUCUAACAGCUGUGCUAUUAAGAAGUACAUAAAAAUGCCUCUCUCUCUUGGACACCCGGGGAGCCAUUAUGGGGCAAUUGUACUGAAGGCUAGUAUUUUGUCUGACACCGUUCACAUAGAUCUGCUGUAUGUUUAACUAUGACUCCAGGGAACUGCACAGCCAACUACCACUCUUGUGUUUUGAUUCUUGGUAAGUUGGUGAAUGUGAAUGCCAAGAAGACAAUCAAAUAGGCACUAACAGAUUCAGGAAUACGGCUAAGACGUUUUGUGCUAUCCUUUUCAUCAAGACUGCUUAGUCUCGCUCCCGAGUUCCUGCAUAACCUCUGCUGCAGUCUCUGACCUUGACCCUGACCCUGAUAGUGGCUCCUGCAAAAUCUUCAAUCCAUCAGUAUUAUUGGGCAGUCUGUGGGAGUUGAAGCGUCCCAACAUAGACAAUAUGUUGUGGUCAAGGAAGUAAACGUGAUGUUUGCCAGGGUCUUUGCUGUUGUUGUUGUUGUGCACAUGCAAGUCUGCUGCAGUCUGCUGCCUGAAAAUGAUGUAUUUGCCACAAAGUUGGAAAGAGUAAGAGGCUGAAACUUAUAAUACUGGGAAUGAGAAGAUGUAGGGCAGUUUUCAGUUUCUAUUUUUGCCUCAUUAAGAUUUGAGGCUUAUUUAUAACCAGAUUGUAAUGUGCCUUCUGUUUUGAAGACAGAAUAGUAUUCUGGGUUGUCCUGGCAAUAGUUCUUGCGAAGAGGCACCGCUGGCACUAGCCCUGAAUAAGGGAAUGGAGACGACACUAAACUAUCUACACUCAGCAAAGCCUGUGCUACCCAAACCACAGAUCAGCUGCUACAACUCAGAAGUCCUACCAGACUGUUUUUU